UCAAGCCAUUGGCUGGACUCUGACAUCAGUUGGUGUUGGCUUAGGCUUUAGAUGAACUCAGAAUUAUGUAUGUUAUCAUCCAUGAUGUCUGAUUACUGAUUAUCUACAAUCAGUUUGCAGCAUGGCCUCCUCAGUGGCCCAAGCCUGCAUGGGAAACUCCCUUUGUGCCUUGAAAUGGAGAAGACUAGAAACAUUGUUUGACAGAGAAGCCACACAACAGAAGUUUUGUGAAGUCUGAAUAUUCGAUAACGAGGUCAGCACGGAUGCGGUCAAGGAGUUCCCAAAGGGGAGGGACAGACGUCUGUGUAAGAUAAAUCUGUCACUAUCUGAGAUUAGGACUCACCCUGAGCUACAGAGACUUUCCCAAGCCCAGAAAAGGCCAGCUGAAGCUCAGUGGGGAUUACACCAGGAAUGCAUCUGAUCUGAUGUAUCCAGCAUGUGGAAAUGGACAAAAGAGCAGGAUUAACAGGCCCUGCAUGAAGAUGAAGAAUCUCUUAGUAUUUGCUGUGCUCUUUGCUUAUGGCACAGUUAUAACACACGGGAGUCUCUGGGAGCUUCAAAAGAUGAUUAAGCAAGUCACUGGGAAAAAUGCCUUAUGGAAUUAUUCCAAAUACGGCUGCUACUGCGGAUCAGGAGGUAAAGGGACGCCAAAGGAUGGCACUGAUCGGUGCUGUCAGUUGCAUGACUGCUGCUAUGAGAGGCUCGAGGAUCAUGGAUGUAAUGCCAAAUUGAACAUCUACAGCUACUUCUACCUGAGUGAAAGGAUAUACUGCGGCCCUCCUCUCAAACACGCAUCCUGUUACUGUUUGUCGGCAGACUUGAGGAGCUGGUGCAAAACGGAGAGCUGCCGGUGUGACAGUGACUUUGUGCUCUGCUUGAAGAAACACGUAAGCAGCUACAAGACAGGUUAUCGCUUCUAUCGAAAGAGCCUCUGUGGAGGUGAGGCACCCAGUACCCGCUUCGUCAGAUGCAGUCUGUUUCCCCAUAGCCAACAACUCUUGGAGAAGUACACUGGAUCCGUAGGCUGGCUGCUGAGGACUUUCUGUACAGGUCCUGGCCAGAGGAAGAUGAGGCUUCUCUUGGCAUUGGCUGUGCUGUUAUCCUGCAGUGAAUUCAUGGUGCAUGGGAGUCUCUUUGAGUUUCGCAAGAUGAUCAAACAAGCAACUGGGAAAAGUGCUCUACCGAAUUAUACCUUCUAUGGAUGCCACUGCGGUGUGGGGGGCAAAGGAAUGCCUAAGGAUGCAACUGAUUGGUGUUGCCUGCAUCACGACUGCUGCUACUCACAGUUGACGGCUCAACGAUGUCAUGUCAUAACUGACAAAUACCAUUACACUUACAGGAGAGGAGUCAUAACGUGUGGUCCAGGCAGCUGGUGUAAAAGGAACAUCUGCGAGUGUGACAAGGCCGCUGCAUUGUGCAUGAAGCGCAACUUAAGGAGCUACAACAAGAAGUAUCGCUUCUACUCCAACAUAAAGUGCACAGGGAGAAAGCCAAGCAGCUUCCUGUGCAGCAGCCAGCUAUCCGAAGCCUGCCUGCUAACAGGAACAGAUCCAGACAGAGAUCGAUACUACGGAGUUGCUUGCCUGAGUGAAAGAUCCAGGUGUUUCCUCUCCCAGGUCCUGCACAAAGAUGAGGAAUCUCUUUGCAGUCACCUUGCUAAUCACCUGCAGUCUGUCCGGAACACAGGGGAGUCUUCUGGAGUUUCGAAAGAUGAUUAAUCAAGCCACAGGAAAAAGUGCCAUCCUCAGUUAUUAUGGGUACGGCUGCUACUGCGGGUCUGAUGGCAAAGGGGAACCAAAGGAUGCGAC